AUGUAUGCUAGAUAUGUCUUGAUAGAAAGGCGCUAUCCAUUGUGGUUACUGUUUAUGUUAUUUGCGUCGUUUGCGCUGUUUGCAGAUACGACACAGCUAGUGACAGGUCACGGGACCCGGCGGGUGUGUCCGGCGGGCAUUGACCAAUCAGCGCGGGCAACAAUUCCCGUGCGGAUUUCUCGCCCGUCCCUUCUCGCUCUCUCCUCAACCUCAACUUCAACCACAUCUCUUCCCCCAACAGAGCCGUCUCUCCUCUCCCUCCUUGCUUCUAUUCUCCUUUUCUCAGCCUUUUCAGGUGUCUCAUAUCCUCCACAAUUCACAAUGUCUGCCCCCGCUGCUUUCUCCGACAUCGCUAAGGCGGCCAACGAUCUCCUUAACAAGGACUUCUAUCACACCAGCGCUGCCAACCUUGAGGUUAAGUCUAAGGCUCCCAAUGGUGUUACCUUCUCCGUAAAGGGCAAGAAUGCCCACGAGGGUCCCAUCUCUGGCUCGCUCGAGGCCAAAUAUGUUGACGCGCCUUCUGGCCUCACUCUCACCCAGGCAUGGAGCACUGCCAACGCUCUGGACACCAAGCUUGAGCUUGACAACAACAUUGCCAAGGGUCUUAAGGCUGAGAUCAGCACCAACUACCUCCCCGCCGUGAACUCCAAGGGUGCCAAGCUCAACCUCUACUUCAAGCAGCCCAAUGUUCAUGCCCGUGCCUUCUUCAACCUCCUCAACGGCCCUACCGCCAACUUUGAUGCCGUUCUUGGCCACGAAGGCUUCCUCGUCGGUGCCGAGGGUGGCUACGAUGUGCAGAAGGCUGCCAUCACCAAGUACUCUGCUGCUAUCGGCUACAGCGUUCCCCAGUACUCUGCUGCCAUCACUGCCAGCAACAACCUGUCUCUGUUCUCCGCCAGCUACUACCACCGCGUCAACGCUCAAGUUGAGGCUGGUGCCAAGGCUACCUGGGACUCCAAGGCCGGCAAUGCUGUUGGCCUUGAGGUUGCCAGCAAGUACAGACUCGACCCCUCUUCCUUCGCCAAGGCCAAGAUCAACGACCGCGGCAUUGCUGCUUUGGCUUACAACGUUCUCCUCCGCCCGGGUGUCACUCUUGGCCUCGGUGCUUCCUUCGACACUCAGAACUUGAACCAGGCUGCCCACAAGGUUGGUGCUAGCUUCACCUUCGAGGCUUAA